AUGUGGUCCGGCAAGAAGUCCGAGGGUGGCGCCGGAACCCCGACCGAAGAGGACGUCAAAGUCGUCCUCGUCGGGGACACGCAGUGCGGAAAGACCUCAUUAGUUCAGCGGUUCGUGUCGGACAAUUUCGUUGAGGCGUACGCACCGACUGGAUUUGAGAAAUAUGGCUACACGUGCACGGUCGCGGACUAUAGGGUCAAUUUCUCCGUUUGGGAUACUUCAGGUACUGCAGCAUAUGACACGGUGCGGCCGCUCGCCUACCAAGAUGCUAAAAUAUUCAUGCUGUGCUUUAAUAUAGCGGAACCGGAGUCCUUAAAUAAUGCCGCUGUCAAGUGGUACCGAGAAGUUCGCACUCAUGGUGGGUCAGCUCCAGUAGUACUUUGUGGCUGCAAGGCUGAUCUUAGACACGACAAGGAAACACUAACGAUGCUGUCAAAACUUCGAACGCAUCCAGUCACUAGCGAAGAGGCUCUUUCGGUAGCGAGACAGCUCGGAGCGACGACAUACGUAGAAACCUCAGCCCGCGCUUCCAGCAAGGGUGUCAAAGAUGCGUUUGAAGUAGCAGCACUAGCGGCUUUAGGAAAAUUAAAUAAGCAACAAAUUAAGCAACAGAAGCAAGUGGGUCGUAGCAAAAGCAAACGCGAUUUGAAGGCUGAACUGAAGGGCCGGGCGAAAAGUUGCUGCGUCAUGUGA